CUUCUGCUUUUCUUUUUUUUUUUAAUUCCUCUUCCUCAUUCUGCUACUAUAUUGUCAAACUAUCUUUAUAAUAGCAUAUCUUUAAGAUCCAAAAAAAAAAGAUUAAAAAUAAAAUGCUUUCAAGUGUCGAUACCAAUUUAUUCGAUCAAGUUUCCGAUUUAACUGCUGUUAUGUCGAUAAGCUCAUCUUACAACUCCUACAAUAAUAAUAACAAUAAUAACUAUAGCACUAAUAGCAAACAUUUCACAUCUAUAGCUAACAUGUUAGAGAAACAAUACUCAUCCAGUACUGAAACAUUUAUCUCUUCUUCAGAGACAAAUACUGUCAAUGAUAACAGUUUCAACACCUUCAUUUCCCAAGAAAAACUAGUUCUAAGAUUGACUCCUCAUGAAAUCAAUAUGAUAAGAAAUUCCUGGGCUUUAGUAUUAAGCGACAAUGAUUCAGACAUAUCCGAUGAUGAAGAUGAUAAUGAAGAUAGAUUAUACCAAAAGAUUCAUAGAAACCAAAAAAGCAAAUCAUCUGUAAAUCCCACUAAUAAUGAUAAUAAUAGUAAUCGUUCCUUUGGUCCUAAGAUUAAAGCAAUGGCUUCUUCCUUGUUCUGCCUUCAAUUUUAUCAGAAUUUAUUAUCAAUGGACCCUGAAUUGGAAAGAAUAUAUCCCUCUAUAAAACAUCAAGCUGUUGCUUUCUCUGGUGUAUUAGGUACAGCAAUUACAACCUUGGAAAACUUGUCUGUAUUGGACGACUAUUUAAUUCAAUUGGGAAGAAGACAUGCUAGAAUCUUGUGUAUUGAACCCUCUCAUUUUGAACUCAUGGGUGAAGCAUUCUUAAAGACUUUACAAGACAGAUUUGGCGUCGCAUUCUCAGUCGAAUUAGAAGACGUUUGGGCAAGAUUAUACUCAUAUUUAGCGAAUACAAUGCUUCAAGGUGGUGAUGAUCCAGUGAUUAAAUUCGACGAUAAUAAUAACCAAAUUGAUUUAUUUUCUUUGAAACCUUACACCACUGCUUUAAGUUCUCAGUCUCAACCUCUUUUGAAUGGAAAUUCGAUUCCUCAUUCAAUCUCAAGUCCAACUUCAAUCAAUUCCCCUUUCAUUUACACAAUUAAUACCAAUGAUUUCAUUGAGCCAAGUUCAAGUCAUAUAAUCAAUUUUAAUGAACCAAUAACCCCAACUUUUGCUAAUAACAUUGAAUUUGGCCUUAGAAGACCUACUCAGGAUUUAUAUAUCCCAACAAACGACCACCAGGAAAUUAAUAUCUUAAGAGAGAAUAAUAAUAACAUUAACAUUAACAUUAACGCAAAAGAAAACAACCUCAAUAAGUUUGCAACAAAUUUUGUUCACACUUUUAAAUCAAAGAAAAAUAGCAACAAUCCUAUUAAUAAUGAAAAUAAUGAAAAUGGUAAUUUGAACGAACAACAGAUCAAAGAAGAGUAUUUGCAACCAAAUAAUAAUAUAAAGAAUAUUCCAAGAUCAAUGUUUAAUAGUUUCCAUAAACGUUCUCUUUUAAGAAAAAGACUGGUUCUUGCUUAGAUAUAAUAAUGAUUAUAAAUUAAAAAUAUUGUUGCUUUUGUUAAAUUCUCUCUU